CACAACAGCACUUUGCAAAUUCUCGAUUAGAAAAUCUAGGGUUUUUUCAUUUUCCCUCUCUCGAUCUAUCUCCGAAUCUAGGGUUAGGGGUUUUUGAUCGUUGGUGACAAUGUCUCUGAGGCCUAGUGAGAGGACGGAGGUUCGCCGGAACCGGUACAAGGUGGCGGUGGACGCCGAUGAGGGUCGCCGGAGGAGGGAGGACAACAUGGUGGAGAUCCGAAAGAGUAAGCGCGAGGAGAGCCUCCUCAAGAAGCGCCGCGAGGGCCUCCAAGCUCAACAGCUUCUCCAGCAGCAGCAACAAUUUCCAACCAAUGUCCAAGCCUCAUCCAUCAUGGAGAAAAAGUUGGAGAGUCUUCCUGCUAUGGUCGCUGGGGUGUUGUCCAAUGAUAACAGCCAGCAACUGGAAGCUACCACACAAUUUAGGAAGCUGCUCUCAAUCGAGCGCAGCCCACCGAUUGAGGAAGUUAUCCAAGCUGGUGUUGUGCCACGGUUUGUUGAGUUUCUCCAUAGGGACGAUUUCCCCCAGCUUCAGUUUGAGGCUGCAUGGGCUCUCACAAACAUAGCGUCUGGAACUUCUGAGAACACUAAGGUGGUAAUUGAUCACGGGGCAGUCCCAAUAUUUGUGAAGUUACUUGGUUCUCCAAGUGAUGAUGUUCGAGAACAGGCUGUUUGGGCUUUGGGAAAUGUCGCUGGUGACUCUCCUAGGUGCCGUGAUCUUGUUCUCAGCCAUGGUGCUUUGAUCCCACUAUUAGCCCAGCUGAAUGAGCAUGCUAAACUUUCAAUGCUGAGAAAUGCCACAUGGACUCUGUCAAACUUCUGCAGGGGGAAGCCACAGCCUCCAUUUGAACAUGUGAAGCCAGCACUUCCAACUCUUGAGCGGUUGGUCUUUUCAAAUGAUGAAGAGGUUCUGACAGAUGCAUGCUGGGCACUUUCGUAUCUUUCUGAUGGAACAAAUGACAAAAUCCAAGCAGUUAUUGAGGCAGGUGUAUGUAGCAGGCUGGUGCAGCUUCUUUUGCACCCAUCUCCUUCGGUGCUGAUUCCUGCUCUUCGUACUGUGGGAAAUAUUGUGACAGGGGACGACAUUCAAACUCAGGCUAUUAUCAAUCAUGGUGCACUCCCAUGCCUUAUGAGCCUGUUGACGCAUAAUCACAAAAAGAGCAUCAAGAAAGAAGCUUGCUGGACUAUUUCAAACAUUACAGCUGGAAAUAGAGAUCAAAUACAGGCUGUUAUUGAAGCUGGUCUGAUUGCUCCCCUUGUCAAUCUUCUUCAAAAUGCUGAGUUUGACAUUAAAAAAGAAGCUGCAUGGGCAAUCUCUAAUGCUACAUCUGGUGGUAGUCAUGAGCAGAUCAAGUAUUUGGUUAACCAAGGUUGCAUUAAGCCUCUGUGUGAUCUGCUUGUUUGUCCCGACCCAAGAAUUGUCACUGUCUGUUUAGAAGGUCUGGAGAAUAUUCUAAAGGUUGGGGAAUCUGAGAAGGCCAUGGGUAACAGUGGAGAUGUUAACUUGUAUGCUCAGAUGAUUGAUGAUGCUGAAGGAUUGGAGAAAAUUGAAAACCUGCAGAGUCAUGACAAUAAUGAAAUAUAUGAGAAGGCCGUUAAAAUUCUCGAAACAUAUUGGUUGGAGGAUGAAGAUGAGACACUACCUCCAGGCGAUGUUGCUCAACCUGGUUUCAGUUUUGGUGGCAAUGAGGUUCCAGUCCCAUCUAGCGGAUUCAACUUUAGUUGAAGACACUUUGCUGAGUGGGGAAAUUGGUUGCAUGGAGAUACGGGUUGAUGCUAGGGUGGCUGUUCGAGUCGAGUCCAGGUAGGUCAGGUCAGGUGGGAGGGAAGAGGGUUUUGGUCCCUGCGCAUCGUGGUGUCUGGUCGUAGUCCGGUCUGUGUCUGUGGUCAAUGAGGUGCAGGGAGUGGGUCAGUCUACACUACCAUGUCCAAAAUAAGAAUGGGGGUUUGGUGGGUUGCAGCAUCUGCAUAAUGACCUUGCCAGCGGUGUAUAUUAUGCAAGGAAUAUAUGUGUGCUACUGGAGAAAGUAUCCAAGUUUCUAUGGUGCAUUAAAAUCAAGGUCCCGUGUGAUGUGGCUAUUGCCUAUUGGUUGGAGUGGGAGGGUUUUUGUUGAGUCUUGAAUGCUGCUGAGUCCUAUUAAUCAUUGAGUCGUAGUUGUAUUGGUCAUUUUAUAUAGAAUCUACUUUAUUUGAGUAUUCGGAAACCAAAUUUUAUGGUUUACA